AAUCGCUAGGCAUGACGGGAGUUGUAGUUUCUGGGUCGCGCCUGGUGGGCAGGGCAGACGCCUGAGAGCCGAAGAGCGAGAGUCGCGCGCGCCACGAUGGCCCGGGCCCGGGUGUCGCUCUGGGCCAUCUGCAUGCUGCGCGUGGCGCUGGCCACUGUGUACUUCCAGGAGGAGUUUCUAGAUGGAGAGCGCUGGAGGAACCGCUGGGUGCAGUCCACCAAUGACUCCCAGUUCGGCCACUUCAGAGUCUCGUCGGGGAAGUUCUAUGGGCAUAAAGAGAAAGACAAAGGCCUGCAGACAACUCAGAACAGCCGCUUCUAUGCCAUCUCUGCGAGCUUCAAGCCGUUCAGCAACAAAGGGAAGACCCUGGUAAUCCAGUACACAGUGAAGCAUGAGCAGAAGAUGGACUGUGGUGGUGGCUACAUCAAGGUAUUUCCCUCCGACCUGGAUCAGAAGAAUAUGAACGGAAAGUCUCAGUACUACAUCAUGUUUGGACCUGAUAUUUGUGGAUUUGAUAUCAAGAAAGUUCAUGUUAUCUUAUAUUUCAAAAAUCAGUAUCAUUCGAACAAGAAGCCGAUCAGAUGCAAGGUUGAUGGCUUCACCCACCUCUACACCCUGAUUUUAAGGCCAGAUCUUUCUUACGAGGUGAAAGUUGACGGCCAGUCCAUUGAGUCCGGCAGCAUUGAGUAUGACUGGAACCUGACAUCGCUGAAGAAAGCAGAAACUCCAUCAGCAGAGUCUAGGGACUGGGACCAGGUGGACGGUGGCAGAGCCCAGGACUGGGAAAAGCAUUUUCUGGAUGCAGGUGCCAGCAAGCCAAGCGAUUGGAACAGUGAACUGGAUGGGGACUGGCUGCAAAAGCCACCGUACCAGGAUGGCCUGAAACCUGAGGGCAUCGAUAAAGAUGUGUGGCUCCACCGGCAGAUGAAGCCUUCCCACUACCUGACGCAGUAUGACCUCUCAGAGUUCGAGAACAUCGGUGCCAUUGGUCUGGAGCUGUGGCAGGUGAGAUCUGGAACCAUCUUUGAUAACUUCCUGAUCACAGAUGAUGAAGAGUAUGCAGAGCGGUUUGGCAAGGCCACCUGGGGGGAGACCAAGGGUCCAGAAAAGGAAAUGGAUGCCAUACAGGCCAAGGAAGAAGUGAAAAAAGCCCGCGAGGAGGAUGAGGAGGAGCUGCUGAUGGGGAAGUUCCGCAGGCACGACAACCAUUUCAGUAGAUACCACAGGCAAGGCGAGCUGUAGUCGUCCCCACUCUGGAUGCAGAGGACUGGCCCAGCCUCCACACUAAUACACUCUGAAUGUAA